AUGCUGGCACAAGAACCUCCCCCGUCCGCUAGGACUCCGAAUUCCGGGAAACGUUUUCGACCACCCACUCUCGACAUCUCAGGUGCUCUGGAACGGAGACCCUCAAUACAAGUCGAGACGGAUCCCACGCCGGUCAAGGAACACGCUGACAGCAGCGACGACGACUCGGACAACGACGUCUUUGAAGACACUCUCCAGCUCUCGUCACCAGAAUCCAUCGAUGGCUUCAAAGGAGUUACAGGGCCUGGAGCAGACGAAAUCGAGAAAGAACUCGCUGAUCUGGAUGAGCUUCGCAGGAGCGUAAAGCAGAACCUCAAGGUUCGCCCGAUACGCUCUCGCACAGACCUCAAGAUCCAGCCAAACCUCGACGGCGAUGUGCCACUCCCUCCUUUUCCUACAACCCGUUCCUCGACCUUGCCCAAUCCACCAGAUUCCGCAGCUUCCAGCAACCCCCCAGAAUCUGCCUUGUCUUCCUACUUUACACCCCUUUCAGAGAUAAUACCCCAUCAAUCUAUAUUUGCCGCAAGCUCGAGUACGACAACGCCAUGCUUUACAGCAGAACCGACGUCCUCCUCGUUAUCAGGGCCGUCGCCCAGCAAAUCCGGCACAACAACCCCACGACCCCAAGCUGUCCCCAUCUCCGCCAAAUCUCUCUAUGACCGGCUACGCUCCAGCAGGCGUCCUCUGCUGAUAGACGCACGUUCCCUCGCAGCGCACGAGGCAUUCCACAUCCGUUCGAGUAUCAAUAUCGCUAUCCCAUCGCUCAUCUUGAAGAGAUGCAAGAAGCCAGGCGGGGGCUUCCAAUCGCUCGAGACGCUGCAGCAGUACAUCACGACCGAGUACGGCAAGGCCACUUGGGAGGAUCUCAUCGCGAAGCCGGGUGGUGGAGCUUGGGAUGGGGACGUCGUGAUAUACGACGAUGAUAUGAACCCGAAUGACAAGAACAAUGUUGGGUCCACGGCGUGGGCUAUCAUCCCGGUGAUCUCGCCGUUGCUCAGUUAUGGCACUGUUCACUAUCUCGAAGGCGGAAUCUCGUCAGCUGGGCACGACCCUGACCUCCAGACACUUAUUCUGUCGGGCGAAGAGGCGAGUAGCCGAGGGGUCCAAGCUACGGCAGAUGCGGCGGCUUCUCGCGACCCAACCCCGCAACAAAAGACCCUUCGCAAACCCAGCGUGGGGUUGUUUCAGUUGGAUACACAAACAACGUACCGGUCCAGACAAUUACCUGAACUGGAGCCUUCGUCGACCGUUUCGACCAAUCCUCCUUCCCCGAUUCCUCCUCCUGCACCAUCACCUCUACCCGUCAUGCCAGCCUCAUCUUCCUCUUCGUCAUUAAGGGCUUCACCCAAUCUCAAUGGCGGGCACGCCGGUAUUGAAGACCCGAGUCCUUCACCACCCCCGUCGUCUUUAGCAGGCUUCCGUCGUCCACCACCACCACGCCGACCGAGCGUGCCCAACCUGCGCAAAAUCGAUACGCGAUCCAUGGAAAAAAUCAACACCAACCUCCCCAAACUCUCGUUACGAACGAAGCCCAUGCGGUCGGCUACGCUCGCUGCCCCGCCUACGUUGUCGCUGCAAGUCCCCACCUCGCCUUCGCAUCUCAAGCUGGCGCAUUCGACGCACUCGCCGAUCAGUCCUUCGAGGCAUGGUCCGAUGUCUGCGUACCCUGCUGAGCCAGGGCGUGUAACGGGCUUCUUUACGCCCCCGCAUAGUCCUGGGACGCCGAAAGCUGCGAGUAGCUUUAGUUUCAAUCUCGAUGCUGCCCCACCACCUUCGCCCAACCCGAUGGGAUCCGGAUCGUUCUCCCUCCAUCCUCCCUCAAACAACCAUUCCCUCGCCCCCAACCAUCUGCCUGAUCCGCCACCCACAGCACGCCCAGACGCCGGCUUUGAUCUUGAAUUCGACAACCCGCCUUCGACGAGUGAAGAGGAAGAAGCGUUCCCUACGUUUGCUGUUUCGACUAUUCUCCCGAAUUUCUUGUACCUUGGGCCCGAGUUGACGAGUCAGGAGCAUGUGGAUGAGUUGAAGAGUUUGGGUGUGAAGAGGAUUUUGAAUAUUGCGGCAGAGUGUGAUGAUGAUCAGGGUCUUGGGUUGAGGGAGGUGUUUGAGAAGUACUUGCGGAUACCGAUGAGGGAUACGGUUGAGGAGGAUAAUAUAACCAAGGAUGACGCACGUCUACACUCCGCCCCAACCUACGUCCAUUGCAAAGCCGGAAAAUCUCGUUCUGUAACGGCCGUCAUGGCCUACCUCAUCCACGCCAACCGCUGGACGCUCUCCCGCGCCUACGCCUUCGUUCUCGAACGGCGCAAAGGCAUCUCGCCCAACAUCGGGUUCGUCUCUGAACUGAUGAAUUUUGAAGAGCAGGAACUGGGGAACAAGUCUGUGGGAGUUCAGCCAUCUGCACCGGUGGUGUCGGGUACGGCUGUGGACAUGCAGGAGGGCUUCGCUGCGGCUGUUUCGUCUGGGAAUGCCGCCAGCUCGAGUGGGAUGGGUGUGAAUGGGAGCGCGGGUGUGAGGAGUGCGCAUGGGCAUCUUGUGAGGUCCAGGACGCAUGUGCGGGAUAGUCUUCCGCCUGCGAUUGGGAUGGAUAGUGGGAGGGAGCCGAUGAGUGCGGGUGGGGUUAUGGAUCGGGUGAAUAUUGGAGGUGAUUCAGCGCAGGAGGUUGAAGUUAAGGAUGCGCAUGGGAGGUAUAGGCAUGCGAGGAGGGCGCCUGUGAAUGAGAGCACGUUGCAGCCUAUGAGGAGGGUUAGUAAAGCUGGGUUGGAGAGUUUUGUGGUCAAUUCGUAG